AUGACACAGAGAUUUAACGUGAUUCAAGGCAUAUCAACACCUUGUGUAUGGACAGGUUUAAGAUGUGACACAAGAAGCCAUCGGGUCACUGGGAUCGAAAUCGGGAACAGAGGAAUCUCAGAAACCGUAACUUGUGAUCUAAGAAACCUCUCAUCUUUGACUGUUUUUGACGUCAUGGGUAACAACUUAACCGGUAAGAUCCCGAGUCUUGCUGUGUUGAAAUCUUUAGAGAGGGUUCUCGUUAACGACAAUGGCUUCACUUCCAUCGAUGCAGACUUCUUCACCGGUUUGAGUUCCCUCCAGUUUGUGAAUCUCGAUAACAAUCCGUUGCGUCCCUGGAAUAUCCCUUACAGCUUAACGGAUGCGACUUCUCUUGUAGUUUUCUCCGCCGCCAACUGCAAUCUUUCCAGGGAAAUCCCUGACCUUCACUGGAAUGUAACGUUCCCUAAUAUGACGACUCUGACAUUGUCUAGUAACUCGCUCGUAGGUGAACUUCCUAAACGAGCUUCGGGAUCAUAUAUUCAAAUUCUGAUGCUCAACGGACAAAACCUCAAUGGGUCAAUCUCGGUUCUGACAAGUAUGCCUGUUUUAACGGAGGUGUCUCUCCAGGAAAACCGGUUCUCAGGUACCAUACCGGACGUUCAUGGUCUGACCUCGCUGAAAGUGUUCAAUGUCAGUGGAAAUAAGCUUACGGGUAUUAUACCUGAAUCUAUAUUCAAGUUGUCGUCUCUUUCUUACGUGGGUUUGGGCAAUAAUCUUCUUCACGGACCAACGCCAGGCUUGUUCCCUGAACACGAUAGGUUUGACAGGAGAGGUGUCAAUAAUUUCUGCUUAGAUGUUCCAGGUGCUCCUUGUGAUAUGCGUGUUAACGUUCUGCUUCUUACUGUUGAAGGAUCUGGUUUCCCUGUGGUAUUUGCCGAGAGCUGGAAAGCAAAUGAUCCGUGUAAUGGUAUGUGGAUGGGGAUAACUUGUGUCGGAGCUGAUAUAACAGUUAUUAACUUCAAAGGCAUGGGACUCACCGGCGUUAUCACUCCAAGCUUUGUACUUCUUAAAGAUCUUAUGGUUAUCAAUCUCUCUCACAACAAUCUUACCGGUUUUAUUCCACAAGAACUCACUAGGCUGAGCAAGUUGAAAACUCUAGAUGUUUCGUAUAGUCAGUUGGACGGUCAAGUGCCGGAUUUUAGACCCAAUGUUGUUGACACGACUGGGAAUCCUGUCCCUCGACCUAUCCCUGGUUCCAUUGGUCCGUCUGCUGGAAAGAUUGUGGGUUCUGUUAUUGGUGGUAAUGUGUCACUUCUUCUUCUUAUAGGAUUUGCUAUUUUCUUGUGCGGCAAGAUUACUAGAUAA